AUGAGCAACGAUAAUAAGUACGAGAUACAAAUGGAAUCUGAAUUUAAUAAAUUGAAUAUUUCUGAUAGAAAUCCAAACAUCAAUCAUGAAAAUUGUUAUAAACCAAAUGAUGGCAAAUUAUGGUGUAAAGAAUGUGUUCCUCAUUGUAUAGUUGAAGGAUGGACCAGUGGAAAUAAUGACAUUGAUGAAUUUAUCAAGGAUACGAUUUAUAAUGCAAAAUUAAAAUAUUGUGAUGACGGUAAAAAAUACCCAUCAUUUCUUGAAUGGGUACCAUUUGAUAAAUUUGUAGAAAUAAAACAAAUUGGCGAGGGUGGAUUCUCUAAAGUAUAUUCUGCAAUAUGGAUUGAUAAUAAAGUAAAAUAUAUUAGACAAAAUGAUGGAAGUUGGAAAAAAGGAGAAUCCGCUAAACCUAUAAAAGUAGCUCUGAAAAAAUUAAAUGAUUCACAAAAUAUUUCUGUUGAAUACUUAAAUGAGAUUAAAACACUUUGGAAUAUUUAUUUUAAUGAAACUACUUAUUUAAAAUUUUACGGAAUAACUAAAGAUAUAAAAACUAAAGAAUUUAUGAUGAUUAUACAAUUAGCAAAUAAAGGAAGUUUGAGAUGUAUUCUUUCAAGUAAUUUUGAUCAUAUUUUUUGGAAUGAGAAAUUAAAAUUCUUAUAUGAUAUGGUAUAUGACCUUAAAAAUUUACAUAAAUUAGGAUAUUGCCAUAAAGAUUUUCAUAGUGGAAAUAUGUUACAGAAUUGUAAUAAGUUUUUAAAUAGUGUUACUUAUAUUUCAGAUUUUGGAUUAUCAGGGCCAUCAAAUCAAAGAUCAAAUAAUAAAAUAUGUGGAGUAUUACCAUACAUUGCUCCAGAAGUUUUAAAUGGAGAACCAUAUACAUUAUCUUCUGAUAUCUAUAGUUUUGGUAUAAUUAUGACAGAAUUAUCGUCCGGAAAACCUCCUUUUUAUAAUAGAAAACACGAUAUUAGCUUAUCAUUAGAAAUAUGUAAUGGAGUCAGACCUGAAUUUGGAAAAGGAACUCCUGAAAUUUAUAAGAAAUUAGCCUAUAGAUGCAUGAGUGCUGUUCCAAAUCAAAGACCAACAGCAGAUGAAUUAUAUGACGCAUUAAAAUUUUGGUAUCAUCCUAGUGGUGAAGAUGAAAGAGAUAAAUUUGGUUAUAAAGGAAAAAAGAUUAAAGCUAUAUUUAAUGAAGCUGAUAAUGAGAUACUAAACAUUUCAACUUCAUACGAAAAAAAUCCUGAUGCAAUAUACACUAGUAGGGUAUUCACAUUUAGUAAUUUGCCAAAACCUGUUAAUUCACCUAUUGUUACAUCAUAUCUUAAUGAUGAUGACGAAGAAAAUAAAGAUUGUCAGGAUUCUAAAUUAUUUGAUUUAGAAGUUCCCAAUUAA